CUCGUCCUGCUCACACGACCAAGUUUGCUCGAGAUAGCACCGCCAUGGGCCAGCCGUCGAACCCCGCGAGCAACGCGCUCAUCUACUGCACAUAUGCAGCCUUCCUCGCCUUCGGCCUCUUCAUCGCCUGGAGACUGCGUGGGCAGUCGGCGGGAGAAUGGCUCUCUGCCAAUCGCACUCAGAAGGCCCUCCCUUUGGCCUUGAACUUCAUCGCGUCUGGUGAGUGUGGCUAUCAGGCUACCACGCCAUUGCGAAGCGGCAAGACAUGAUCGCAAAGAGAGUCCGAGACUCUUGUCACGACCAUCUACUUAAGCUCUGGGAUCCGGUAUCCUAUUCACUUAUCCCAAUAUCGCAGCACUCGCAGGACUCCAUGGCUUGUUGGUCUAUGCCCUUUCUUCAGGUCUGCCUCUGCUCAUCUUUGCGGCUCUCGGACCGAUCAUCAGGAGAAAGUGUCCAGAUGGCUUUGUCCUUACGCAAUGGACGCGUGAACGAUAUGGCACCAUCACGGCAAUCUACCUGAGCUUCUUCACCUGCGCCACCAUCUGGCUCUACAUGGUCGCUGAGCUCUCGGCCCUUCAGCAAGUCGUCAAUCUCCUCACUGGUAUGAACGGCUUGCCCGCCGUCAUUGUACAGUGCGCAAUCACCACAACAUACACCGCCAUGGGAGGCUUCCGCGUGUCCUUUGUGACAGACAAUAUCCAAGGAGCCAUGGUGCUGCUGUUCCUCAUUGUCGGCACAAUCACGAUUGGAGCUACUGUCGAUAUCGACAGAUCUUUGAUCCCUGUCUCGCAGUACCUCGAGCCGAAUCUGCUGGGUUGGCAGCUUCUUUACAUUCUGCCAGUUGCUAUCCUGACCAACGACUUCUUCCUGUCUGCCUUCUGGCUGCGCGCAUUCGCUGCCAAGACGGAUAAGGAUCUCUACAUUGGUGUGAGCAUCGCCGCUGUCGCUGUGACUAUCAUUGCGACUCUCGUCGGCGUCUCUGGUCUCAUCGCAGGUUGGUCUGGAGUGCUUGGCAAUCCACCAGUGGCCACAGGCAUUGAAUUGUUCACCUUGCUGGGCACUCUUCCGGCUUGGGUCGUCGGCUUCAUCCUGGUCAUGGUUGUCACUCUUUCCACAGCCGCAUUCGACUCUCUGCAGUCCGCCCUGGUCUCCACUGGAUCCAACGACUUCUUCCGCAACAAGCUCAACAUUUGGUGGGUCCGCGCCAUUGUGGUUGUCCUGAUCGUGCCGACUGUGGUCGUUGCGCUCCGGAGUCCUAGCGUCCUCCAGAUCUAUCUCAUCUCCGAUAUCAUUUCUGCUGCGGUCAUUCCAUGCUUGGUCAUCGGCUUGAGUUCCAAGGCCUACUUUUGGCGUGGAUUUGAAGUCGUCGUUGGUGGUGUUGGCGGCAUCCUCGCCGUUUUCCUAUUUGGUCUGGUCUUCUACGAUGGCGACGCUUCGCGCGCUGGCAACCUCCUGAUCCUCAGCGAAGGCCUCUAUGCUAGUGACUGGUCGGUCUUCGGCGUUUUCGUCGCAGCUCCUGUCGGCGGUCUGCUUUUCGCGAUCGCCGCUUGCAUACUCAGACUCAGUGUGCAGUAUGCUUUGGCACAAUCCAGAGGACAUCGCUUCACAGGACUUGACCGCCCGGCUGCCCCUGAUGCGGCGUUCGAUCCUUCCGACCGUGACAGCAUUCAUCGCACCGACUACGGAACUACCACUAUCGACGGUAGCAAGGGAGGCGUCGCUGUUCAGGGAAAGUUCUUCUAA